CAGAUGUUUUUCGUGACAGAAAAAGCAGCACGAGAACAUAAAACUGACUCAUAACUUUCAACUAGGUGGGUUUCCGGAAAAAUAUUCGAACAAAAACUCUAGAUUUACUGCCCACUAUUAUCUGGUGCACAUAACUGUGAUUGUUUUCUUCCAUAUGAAUCCAGCAUUCCACGUAGUCUUGAUUUUCAAUAUCUUUUUGGCCAGCAAUGUGUGGGCAAUGCUUAUCGAGCGUAAUACUACUAUGAGCACGAUGAACGAAUUGUCAUUUACAAGUCUCACCGUCCGUCCAGAAGUAGACUUCUCAGUUAUAAACAGCAAUCUUUUCACUGUGCUGGGGCUCUUUAAGAAUGAAGGCAAUAUAAAUAUCACGAGCUCCAGUAGUAGAACCACUGGUGUAUGGAUCACGGGGGGAGAAUUUGAAAAUUUGGGAAAUGUCAUACUCAACUCGUCGUCAAACGACGCCUUUUCCGAAUUUCACAUUACACUUCUGGGGUCGUUCCAGAAUACUGGCAAUAUCUCAUUUGGUAUUCAAGGUGGGAGUUAUGAAAUUGCACCGUUCUCUGUCACGUCUGUGACUGAGUGGUAUAACACUGGUAUUAUGGUGUUUGCAGCAACCUAUGGUGUGGAUGUGAGGCUAAAUUUUGAAUGCCGCUCUUCAAGCAACGAGCUCACUUCGAUAGUAAAUGAUGGAACAGUCUGCUUGAAUAACACCCUCUGGCCAGUAAAAAAAACCAUUGAAGGAAUUGGAUGUAUCACUCUCGGCUCCGGUGGUCAGCUAGACUUACAAUACUCACAACGCACAUAUGCUCUAGCAGCCGCUCAAACGGUUUACUUGGCUUCAUUUGAUUCACUUUUGAAAGUCACCGGAUGGGGUUUAUUUGAGGGUAACAUACCCGUGAUCAAAGUUGCAGGCUUUGGAAAUAGAAAUCUCAUCCGGCUUCAUACGUAUUCUGUUAAUGGCUUUCGCUAUUCCCUGACAACAGGUAUGUUGACUGUUCUUGUGGGUAAUAUUCAUGAAGUCAAUUUUGACAUUGGCACAGAUUAUAUAAUGCCUUUUUUCCGGUUGACAUCAAGCGCCAUAUAUUACAUUGGAAAUCCCCCACAUAGUCCGCCCGAUAUAUGCUUUUGUGCCACAACGUUUCAUACUGCCCCACGGGCGCUGGGUCUGAUAUAAUAGGCUUCAAUCGACUUUUGGUCUGCUUAAAAUUAGAUACUAUUAUCAGAGGCGUUCUCAAGAAGCCAUCAGAUGGAAAAAAAAGAAAGACUCUCAAGUUUCUCCGGGUG